GUGUAGUUGUGUCUCCUGCAGGCCUCCGUACAGAUGUGAUGUUGUCAUCAGCUGAUGCCUCUCUGCUCUGCUUCUUAUUGUGUCAUAUGAAAGCUAACAGGCUAGCAGGCUAACAUCACUACUGCACAGUGACUAUGGAUGUGAGCCGGUUCACACCGGGACCGGGACGCGGUGUCACCGGACAACGGUAACAUCUGCCCACCUCUCCUCCUCACUAUCUAGUCUAAUUCGUACAUGUCGUCUGCAGCCGGUCGGUCGGUUAUCUUUAGCGGACUUUAGCCCUCUUUAUCCCGCAGGGCUCACCAUGCUAGCGGGGUUAGCCUGUUAGCUCUCCAACCAGCUCGCUAUAAAGCAGCGUCUCUUCUCAUCGAGGCUACCUGACCCGCUACCUGACCCGCUACCUGACGAACCGGACUGUGGACGGACAUGAGCGAUGGCAUCGGUUCGGGUGGCUGUCCGGGUCCGGCCCAUGGACAGACGGGAGAAGGACUUGACCGCAAAAUGCAUCAUCAAGAUGGAAGGGACCAAAACCUCCAUCACCAACCUGAAGAUCCCUGAUGGCAUCGCAGGUGAGUCGACGAGGGAUCGAACCAAAACCUUUACAUACGACUUCUCCUACGACUCCACGGACUGUAAGAGCUUCACAUUCGUCUCCCAGGAAAAGGUUUUCAAAGAUCUGGGCUCGGACGUGCUGAAGGCAGCGUUUGAGGGCUACAAUGCCUGCGUCUUCGCCUACGGUCAGACCGGCUCGGGGAAGUCCUACACCAUGAUGGGAAAUCCAGGGGACGCAGGUCUGAUCCCGAGGUUCUGUGAAGGUUUGUUCAGUCGUAUCUCCGGGGCGACUAGAUGGGAUGAAGCUUCGUUUCGUACAGAAGUCAGCUACCUGGAGAUCUACAACGAGAGGGUGAGAGACCUGCUGAGGAGGAAAUCCACUCAGACGUACAACCUGAGAGUCAGGGAGCACCCAAAGGACGGACCGUAUGUAGAAGAUCUGUCCAAACACCUGGUGCAGAACUACAGCGACGUGGAGGAGCUGAUGGAGGCCGGUAACAUCAACCGCACCACCGCCAGCACCGGCAUGAACGACGUCAGCAGCCGCUCGCACGCCAUCUUCACCAUCAACUUCACACAGGCUAAGUUCGAUGCAUUGAUGCCCAGUGAGACGCUCAGUAAGAUCCACCUGGUCGAUCUGGCUGGCAGCGAGCGAGCCGACGCCACCGGAGCGACGGGCGUCCGACUGAAAGAAGGAGGAAACAUCAACAAGUCGCUGGUCACCCUGGGCAACGUCAUCUCUGCUCUAGCUGACAUGACGCAGGACGGAGUGAACACCAACCUGAAGAAGAAGUCGGUGUUUGUUCCCUACAGAGACUCGGUGCUAACGUGGCUGCUGAAAGACAGCCUGGGCGGCAACUCCAAGACCAUCAUGAUCGCCACUGUUUCCCCCGCAGAUGUGAACUACGGUGAGACGCUCAGCACUCUGCGAUACGCUAACCGAGCCAAGAACAUCAUCAACAAACCCACCAUCAACGAGGACUGCAACGUCAGGCUGAUCAGAGAACUGCGGGCUGAAAUCGCCCGACUGAAAGCUCUGCUGGUUCAGGGCAACCAGAUUGCUCUCCUGGAUUCGCCCACUGCUCUGAGUAUGGAGGAGAAACUGCACCAGAAUGAAGCCAGAGUUCUGGAGCUGACUAAAGAGUGGACCAACAAAUGGAACGAGACACAGAACAUUCUUAAGGAGGAGACUCUCGCUCUGAGGAAAGAGGGGAUCGGUGUUGUGUUGGACUCUGAGCUGCCUCACCUCAUCGGCAUCGACGACGACCUCCUCAGUACCGGCAUCAUCCUGUACCAUCUAAAGGAGGGACGGACAUACGUGGGCAGAGAGGACGCGUCCACAGAGCAGGACAUCAUCCUGCACGGUCUGGAUCUGGAGAGUGAACACUGUAUGUUUGAGAACCAGAACGGUAAAGUGACUCUGGUGCCGCUCGGCGGAGCUCAGUGUUCAGUUAAUGGAGUUCAGGUGACGGAGCCGUCGCAGCUCAACCAAGGUGCCGUUAUUCUGCUCGGCAGGACCAACAUGUUUCGGUUCAACCAUCCGAAGGAGGCAGCCAAGCUGAGGGAGAAACGAAAGAGUGGCCUGCUCUCUACAUUCAGCCUCUCUAUGACAGAUCUGUCCAAGUCCUGUGAAAGCCUGUCCACUGUGAUGCUCUACAACCCCGGUCUCUUCACUGAGAAGGGCCCCAUCUUCCUCAGGCUGGAGUUUGAGAGACAGCAGCGAGAAGAGCUGGAGAAACUGGAGCUGAAAAGGAGGCUGAUCAAGGAGAUGGAGACAAAGCACCAGAGUGAGAAGGCAGAGUUGGAGCGCCUCCAGCAGGAGGUGGAGAGUCAGCGUAAGGAGUCUGAAGAGGUGCAGCAGCGGAUUUUCCAUCAGGAGGAGAGCCUCCGCCGACGCAGCCAGGACAUCGAGAGCCGCCUGCGAGACUUCCUGGCCGAGAAGCAGCGCUUUGAGGAGGAGAGACGCUCAGAGAUCCACGAGGAGGACCUCCAGCAGCAGAAACAGCAGCGGGAGGCCGAAGCAGAGGAGGGGCAAGACGAGGAGCAGCGGCGGCAGCAGGAGGCUGCAGAGCAAACCGAGAUCUACCGCGAGCUGGAGAGGCUGAAGAGGGAGCGCGAGGAGCAGAAGAUUCGUCUGGAGACUGAGCGGCGGCGGCUGGAGGAGCAGGAGCGGGAGCAGCUGAGCCUGGUGGGGAGGCUGGAGGAGCAGCUGAGAGAGAAACACGAGGCAGCCGCCACCCUGCUGACCCGGGAGGACGCCCGUCGCCUGGAGGAGGAACGGCGAGCCCUGGCUGAGAUCAGAGAAGCACUCCUCCGUGCCAAAGAGACUGCAGAGCGGCCAGAUGUGGAGGACGCCAGUGAGGAGGCGAGAUCUGCCAAGGCACGAUACACAGACUUCAAGGAGGCUCAGGUGAAGGAACUGGGCCAGCUGGAGGAGGGGCUCCGGCAGCAGAGGGAGCGCCUGGAGAAAGAGGUCGCCGCUGAGCGUAAUACCCUGCUGCAUCUCACCCACGGCCUCAAAGAACGAAACCAGCAGCUGAAGGAGACGCAGGAGAAAGGGGCGCAGGACGCUACAGCUGUCUGCCAGGAGGAGCAGCUGGUCAAACAGACGGAGCACAGACUGCAGUUUAAGGAGCGUCAGCUGGCCAGCGUGGCCGAUGACCUCCUCCCUGCGCUGGCCGAGGAGAAGCAGAGAGCCACAGAGAUGCUGGAGCGCAGCGGCGGAGGCAGCAAUGGGAACUGCGACAGUCCGCCAGGACUCGACAACACGCUGUUCCAGGUGGAGAAGGAGCUGGAGGACAAAGAGGAGAAACUGAACCUCCACCUGCACAGUGCUCAGCAGCUCCAGCAGCUCCAGGAGACUUACGAGUUCACGGCCAACGUGGCGCGGCAGGAGGAGAAGGUGAGGAGGAAGGAGAAGGAGAUCUUGGAGUCGAAGGAGAAGCAGCAGAGGGAGGCAAUGGAGCAGGCGGUGGCCCGGCUGGAGAGGAGGCACUCGGCCCUGAGGCGCAGCGUCUCCCUGGAGCCCGACACCGAGGAGCAGAGACACAAGAGCUCGGUCAUCAAGAACCUGAGGACCGGAGCUGACCUGGACCAGCAGAGAGUGGAGCGGGAGAUCCAGAAGCUGAGACAGAGGAUCAGCGAAGGGGAAGAAAACAACAGGACUCACGCCAUCAAUAACGAUGAGAAGACGAGUCACAACAGCUCCCCGGUCAGCCACAUCCAGAGUCUGAACACUCUGCUGCCGCUGUCCGAUGACCGGAUAAAUGCGUACAUUGAAGAGGAAGUCCAGCGAAGACUACGCAAGAUGAAUCUUCUCAAUGGCAGCAGUAGCAACAUGGAUCUGUCUCUGUCCUGUGAAUCUCUCAGGGAGGAGGAAGAAGCUAGUGACUGUAGCUCUGUUAGAUUAACAGAUGAGGAUGAUGAAAAGCUGCAAAACAUGAAUCCAAGGAGGCUUAAAUAUGAGAAAGCCUGCGGGUUGUGGUCUGGCUUCCUGCCUGCCCAGGAGCUCGAGGCAAACUCCCCUCCUCACAUCCAGCAAAACACGUUGGAAGAACCAGAGAACGACCUUUUAAAGCUUCACAAAAAAAAAAGAAUAGCAUCCACAGCUGAAGUCUUGAUUGAAAAAGAUGUCGACAUAAACAAAUGGUGGCGAGGAAGAGUGAAUAUCCCUCGAGGAGAAAUGGGCCGAGAUGGUUGUGAAAUUGAUCAUUGUGACAUUAGACAACAGAAGUUUUGUGUCACUGUUGCAAACAUAAACAGAGUUGAUGAAAACAAGAAUAUCCCUGAUAAAAGAAGAAACGAUUCUGCCUGCGGUGUUCCUGAUGAUGGUGAUGAUAAAAAGGUUGAAGAUAGAGCGAAGGAGCUGCUGGUUAAUGGACGCUCUUAUUCUUACUCAGAGGAAAAAGUCAAACGCCAAGCAUGUGACCCAGGGAUAGUAAAAGAUGCAGGACUUUCCAAUGAUCAAUCGUCAGAGUUGCAGAACUCUGUCAAUGGUUACAUCAAUUCCAAGCAGGAGUCAAAGGAAUCCAGUAAUGGUCAAAUAAAACAAGAGACAGAAACUGAGAAAGUGGCAGCCAACAGGAGCUAUGUUUUGGGAUAUUUUGCUGGAAAGCUGUCUGAAGCAUACGAAGAUGCUGGUAGAAGGCUACAGGGCACACGGGACAUCAUCCGAAAUGUACAAAUGGGUGAAAUAAAGGUUGUGCUCUCUCAGUAUGUGACCAUGAUUUCCAAAGAGCUGCCACUGAUUCAUCGAAUGCAGCUUAAACCAGAGCCAGAACCUUGCAUCCUUGCAGAAAACAAAGUCAGUUUGGUUGAUCUGUCGGGGGAUUGCGCCCUUCGACUUCCCCAGAAUUGCGGCAUGUCUGCGAUCCCGGGCAUCUCGAGAUGGCCUGAAGGCUCUGUGUCGUCUCUCAAAAACACGCGUCCUGAAGUGUUUCAUCAGAGGCUGGUCCAGCUGCCACCCGCCUUGUCUCAGCUACAGUCACUUCCAUCACAGAAGAUGCUAGAAAAGUUGGAAUUUCUGGCUCCCCGAAUGACAGUCAACAAGCUUACGAGUGUCUUCUGGCUCAAAACUGCCAACAGUAAACAGCCGAUCCUGAAACCUGGGUGCUUGCUUUUGUCAGAAAAGGACAUAAUAGUGCUGUCAAGUAAAACAAAUUCAGAAGACACCUUAGGUAUUCGUCACCAUUUUAAUCUCCUGGAAAUCAAGAAGGUCCAGAUUAGCUUGGCAGGGCAGCACGUUCGCCUAAUUGACUCCACCGAAGACCCCGUCUUGGUAGUUUUUACCCACAGCAAAGAGCUUACCCAGGAGUUCUGCAAGGCUUUACUGAAGGUACUUUCUUCUGAAAAGUUCUCUGAAGGGUCUGAAGAUCACCCAUUACUCUCUGGUGACCUCAUGGUCCUCUCUCUGGAUUGGACAUCGAGCGUUCCUGAUAUCGUCCUGGACAACGGCCUUCAUGUCACCUCCCGAUUCAAGCGGGUCCUCGCAGACCUGCUCUACAUUGUCCACGGGAACAUGGACGGUCCUGGCAAACCUUCUCUGGCACACAUUUGUCCUCUGCUCUACACCAGCGUCAAGGUCAAGAACUCUACCCGCGUGCAUCAGGACGCCAUUUUUCAGUUCCUCCUAACAGACACUCAUGUAGCUCUUCUCCGGGAGGACGGCGUCUUUCACCCGGUGCCGCGGGGCUCCAGUCUGAUCCCUGUCCAGUCCCAGUUUCAGGGACUCGAACUCCGCAAGCGUUCAGACGUCAAAUGCCUGUUUGUGAGGCAGGAUGACAACUGCCUGGUGGUUGAUAUCACAUUUACUCACAAAACACAAACUGGAGAGAAGAAGAUGGAGUUCAGACGAGGCUCUGCUGAAGUGUCCUCCGACUCUGAUCCCAAUAGUCAAUGCGAUUCCUGGAAGUUAUCUUUUGGUUGUACCACAGAAGCUGUGAUCUUGAUUAAUCAUCUGUGUACCUGAGUUACGCACCUAAAGGCAGUUUCACCUGGAUUCAUUCACAAAUGCAAUACCUGUUUCCGAAAGAAAGAAACAAUGAAAACAAGACUCGGUCAAAACUGAGAACAUGUCUGGACUGUGUCUGGUCAGUCUGUGAAUUUGUGGCUAAAUUGUUACACAAAUAGUCAGUGGUUAUGUCUAUAAUGUUAAAUCCAGCGGUGCAUGUCCACCAGGUCCAGCGAGGACACUAGGGGACACGCUGCUCCACUCAACUGGCCGUUCAAGCAGUGACGUACCCGAUCGUUGAAUGCGCCGGAUUGGUCCCUGGUUUUCUGCUUGCUGUUUCAAACAGGAAACAACAUGAUGGCCUGCUCAUAAACUUUCUGUUAUUCCGUCUAAAUACUCCACUAAAAUCUACUUCUGAUAACAUUUUAAGUGAGAAAUAGGCGAUGUCACUGCUGAAUCUAGUUUCAUUUUAGAUCUAGAUCGCCUAGUUUUACACCUUGGUCCGAGUUUUGUGAGCCGAACGCGUCGCGCUGGACGGGCUCAUUUGCAUAAAGGACUGUUUCCCGCCUUUUCGUUUUGAAAUGGCCAUUGAGGAAACUCCAACACUCGGCCGACCAAUCGUGUAACUUCAUCACUCAGUCAGUCACUCAGUGACAUUUGCGUUUGUUGGGCUGGCCCUCUGCGGUCCAGCCAAAACAAGAAAUUAUCAAGCGGUCACCUUAUUGGUUCUAGGAUAUGUUAAAUAAGUUCAACUAAGAGUUCAGAGACAUUGUCUGAAAAGGUGAUUCAUCAUCAUGCCAAAGUAAAAUGUAAAAUCUGAAAGUAUUUUUAGAACAUUUUUAAACAUUUUAAUUCAGUCUGUUAUUCAAAUGUAAUUUUGUGAUUGGGCCAUUUUGUCACAAAGUCCUAAAGGUUGUCUUUUGAGAUGAAGAAGCACAGAUCUUGUUGAUGUGUAUUAAUGUUAAUUUCUUAUUACACGGCUUUGUUGAAUACUUGAUUCUGAUUGGUCAAUCAUGACGUUCUACGGUCUGUUAUUUCUUUAUAACAUACUUACCCGUCGGGGUCCACCGGGUGCCGCAUCGUCCUUGUCAGGGUUUAUUUCACAACAGUGACCAGCUCGUUGUACAUUAUCCCUUACAUAAUGAAUGAAUAAAGAUAUACUGUUUCUAUGUAUUUAUGAAAGUUAAAUGUUUUUUGGUUUUGUUUACUGAUUUUAGUCAUGUUGACGAUUCUUGAUUUUUUUUGUUUGAUUUUUGGUUUGAUUUGGUUCAAAGGGAGAUUGUUGAUGUCACUUAAUUGCACAGUUUGAUCUAACAUUUUGCAGCUUGCACUUUAAGAAAAAUGAUUGUGAUCUGAUGACUUGAAGAAUAUGGGAGGAUUUGUCAUGAUGUUAAGUGAUUACAGAUAUGAUUGGUAUGUAGUUGAAGUAAUAAUAAUGUGCCUUUAAUGUACAAUGAGAACAUGUUAAUUGUGUAAACAGGAUAAUAAAGAUUGGACUUUC